AUGGCACAAAGCUGCUUCAGUGAAAACCUACUUUUCAUCUGCAUUGGCACCUCAGUCGUGCUCGGUAUAACGCUUGGUCUUGCUUUGCGAACUUUCGAACUGUCAUCUGAUACUGUAUCUCUACUACAAUUUCCUGGCGAGAUAUUCAUGCGACUGCUGAAGUUGAUGAUUUUACCACUGGUUGUUGCUUCAUUGAUUUCUGCACUCGCUCAAAUGGAUGCGGCAAACUCUAGUCUGAUGGGCGUCGUGACCUUGAUUUACUAUUUGAUUACAGUAUUCUUCGCAACGGUGUUAGGAAUCUUCCUCGUCUUGACGAUACAUCCAGGAGAUCCGAGGCUCGCCUAUGGUUUACCUGUUGUGGAAGCACACAAAAUCUCGGCAUUGGAUUCAAUUCUGGAUCUCAUCCGGAAUAUGUUUCCGGACAAUAUUGUUCAAGCGUCAUUUGAAAGAUCGCGAACGGUUCAUAGAACUAAUGUGGUAGCAAGGAACAAUGUCACUGUGCAGGAAAUCACAAAGGAGGUUUCGGAUCAGCGAGGGAUGAACAUAAUUGGUAUAAUCGUGUUCUGCAUUGGGUUUGGUGUAGUAUCGUCCUUUUAUGCAGAAAAAGUUCGAGUUGUUGUGGACUUCUUUGUGGCCUUGGACAAAAUUAUCAUGAAGCUGAUGCUUUCCGUGAUGUGGUUCUCUCCUUUCGGCAUCACUAGUUUGAUAUGUGGCAGCCUGUUGGAGCUGGAUGACAUAUGGAUAGCAGCAGGAGCAAUGUCAAAGUACGUGUUGACUAUACUGGUUGGACUAUUAAUACACUCGUUUAUAACUAUACCAGCUCUAUACGUUGUGAUCACAAGGAAGAACCCCAUCAAAAUCUUUAGAUGCAUGAGACAAGCAGGUGCUGUAGCUAUGGGCACCGCGUCAUCAGGAGCUGCUCUACCGCUAUCCAUCAGUGGAAUGGAAGAGGAAGGUGGUAUUGAUGAGCGCGUAACCAAAUUUGUCCUACCAUUUGGAGCAAAUGUCAAUAUGGAUGGAUGCGCUCUUUAUGAAGCCGUGGCGGUGAUCUUCAUAGCACAAAUCAACCAAGUUCAAUUGCGAGCAGAUCAGAUCAUCACUAUUAGCAUCACGUCCACAAUAGCGUCACUUGGCUUAAAUGCAGUACCAGCAGGCCUUGUCUCUAUCCUGCUCAUAUUGAGCACUGUCGGCCUGCCCACAACUGAAGUACCGCUGCUCUUCGCUGUUGAUUGGUUACUGUAA